AUGCGAGGUCUGGAUUGCCACUAUGCUCAAUCAAGGGCAUCCAACUCAGAAAGCCGAGACACGAGUCUUUUCGAUGGGAAUGAUACCACCCAUUCACUUCCGGAGGUUCCCUUGGAGAGUCUACACCUAGCUGCUAGGACAGACACCCCAAGUUCAACUGUCCAUUCAAUAGAAUCCAUCGCUGGCAACACCCCUGGCAGUUCAGCUGCAAACGCCCUGUCACUCAACGCUGUCGAAACAAAUCCUCCUAGACAACCAGAUCUCGACUUCUCAAGACUGGAGCUUGUGUGCCCCAUCAACAGUGACGACAUCAAGAACCGCUGGCUCAACACCUAUGUGCCGUUCCCCGGGCAGACAUUGAAAGACUAUUCUCCCAGUGUAAUGGGCUUUGUCUACAGAAUCCUCAAAUCAUACGCAUCCGUUGUGGUGCGAGGCCGUGGGAUUCCUCCCUUCAUCCACUUCUCACAUAUCACGCCAGCAGCAGUUACUCGUCCUCUUUCAACUUGCCUCAGCCUGGUGAGGAUUUGCGAAAACUCUCUUCCUGGCAGCGAGGGGACUGCCACCGAUAUCCUGCAGCGGGAAAUGACCAACCUCUACGAGCAACACGGAACAUAUGACGGCAUUAAUCUCCUCGCCGCAUUUCAAGCAUACUUGAUCUAUGCACUGGUUCUGUACUUUCAUCUCACCCCCAGUCAAGGGCCUGCUCCCUUUCUACGGCAAGCCAUCAUUAACCUCCAAGAAAUCGCAUGCACAAGCUCCCAACGAGGCCUUGUCUGUGUAGCAGAGCAAGACGGUAUCCGACCGAGGUGGGAAGCCUGGGUAGUUGCAGAGGCGAAGCGGAGAACGCUGUACACAAUGUACUUUCUGGACAACGUUCUCUCAGCUCAGGAUGGGCUUCCAACGUAUCUGGGCAGCGAACUACGAGGAUUGCCAGCACCCUCAAGCAAGGUUUUAUGGCAAUCACACAGGCAUGGCUGGGAAGCGGCAUAUAAUACCCAUCUAGCUGAAUGGGCAGAAGGGAACUUCCGGAUCGAUGAAUUGUGGCCUCUUUCGGAAAACUCAGAGAGCUUGGCCGAAAGACGAGCCAGGGUGGAUCGCUGGUUAGAAGGCGUCGACGAGUUUGGGACGAUGCUCUAUGCAGUGACUAGUUGCACGCACGGCACUUGA